UGGAUGUGCCCUGUAGUGUUAAUUACAACCUGAGGCUAUAGAGUGACCAACAUUUUGCUUAGAAGAGAGAGUAGUGUGAAAUGGCAUCCAUCAAAGCUGAGAAACCUGCUGAGAAAGCACCAGGGCCAGUGAAGAAAGAGCCUGCUUCCAAAUCUAGUGGGAGCAAAGCCUCCAAGCCAGCCCCAAAGAAAACUGAGCAGAAGUCCCAGCCUAAGAGGAAGGCAAGCAAGGCCAAGGCACCCCAGUGAAGUACUGUGGAUGACUAAAAAGUAAAAGGAAUAUAUAGUUGUUGGGAUUAUGUGAAGAGUCCACAACAAGGAUACUGUUAUAUAGUGCUCUUCCACGAAGUUUAUUAGUAGUACCAUAGUAUACACUAGUUGCUUCUGUUGAUUCGUCUCCAUGUAACUCCUUGCUGGCCUAAUAAAUUAAUAAAAGAUGCUCUAUUUUAUGGUGAUCAGAUUGUUCAAAAUCAUCAGUGUAUGAUUGCACCAACAGUUCACUUUCGAGUUUCAAGGAAUACAAUGACAAAAUCAUAAGACUGAAAAAUAACAACAUAGUAAGAUGCAUCAAAGAUUUUAAUUUAAGAACUUGCUUCUGGUUCAAGGUUUAUCCUUUAAAGAUAUAUAUAUCCACUUCUGGAAGGUGCACCAAAGAUAAUGUCAGUAAAAUUCACUGAGCAGAAGUAUCUGAUUCUAAAGUGUUUAAUUCAUAUGAUGAUCCAUCUCCAACAUUUAUUCAAUUCCAAUCUCCUAUCAACCAUUAAUUCACCAUCAACUGUAAGUUGGGAUUAUUGGAGUUCUCCCAUUGCUAUUGUGGCCUAGUUAGUAAGUUUAGAACUUAGACUCCUAUAAAAGGCAAAGCUGGUAUAGACAAGGACAACACAUCAAUUUUAUUCUUAAGAUAUCUUCUAGCGGGGCUGUCCAGCCUCCACCUAUUUGGAUGGUGGGCGUAAACACUGCUACCAAAAUUACUGCGAAUUAGCUGUGAGAAUUGCAUAUUCGUAGCUAUUUGACAACUAAUUUUCGGGUAACUAUUUUAGCUAGACAAAACCAUUUUGAGCCAUAUGGCACCCCUGAAGGCUGACAAACCCGUUGGCGCACAACUUUUUGGGAAGGCCAAGAUAGAAGCUGCUCCUAAAGCAAGUGAUGGUGCAUGCAUCCAAAGGUCCAACUUCCAAAUCAGCUACAAAGAAAGCUCCAAGAAUCCAAGAAAAAGGGAAAGGGAAGCAAAUCAUCUGCAAAACACUAGCCAAUAGCCUUAUUUGCUGAAGGAAGUGUGGUUUGUGACUUCUAACCAAUAUUGGAUACAAUAAUUCUUAUACCUCAUUUCAUGUUAUAUAUAGCCAUGGAAUCCUGGAGUAACAUGCAACAUUUUCUUAAAUAAGUGGCAACAUCCGUCAAAGACUAUAAGAAAACAUUGAGAAGCAAUCUUUCCCAAUAGACAUAACAACCCACGUACUAUGUAAAGCUCCCAAUUUAUAUCAUACAAAAUAUCCACCCAAAAUACAAAUUUAAGUAAAUCACUGCCCUAUUGCCAAAUUAAGAAGAAGAAGAUUAUCCUCACAUAAGGUUCUUACGCACAAGCCAAGACAAACCCAACUACUAAAAAUUCUACUCUUUACUAUGAAUCUAUGAUCCUCUGUUUCUACACCCCUGCUGCAUAACAACCCUUAAGAAAGCCAGAGAAGCAUGACCACUACAACUCAGCUAAGAGGCCAUCACUGCAAUAAACCCACAGCCUUUAUUUUACUUUUUUAUACAAUUGGCUCAAUUUUAUUAAAGAAUUUUCUGUUUUCAUUAUGAAGCAUUGACAUAGAGACACAUAUAUAUUGGGUGCGUUUGGAAAAAUGAUUUAACGAAGUGCCUAUGACAAUGAACAACUAAGCGUUUAUGAGAAUGAACAUUUAUCACAUUAUUGCUUAGCUGACUUAGAAAUUUAUUGAAAUAAGCUAAAAUAAGUUAUAAGUAACAAUCAUAUAAGUUUUUAUUAAUUCAUAAAAUAAAUUUAAAACAAUUUAGAGGUAUGUGUGUGAAAGCACCAAUCUCCAUGCAUGAGUGGGUAAAUGAACUUGACUCAUUAGACUAGUCUCUUUUAACUCAUACUCUCUCAUUUUCUUAUACAGAGAAAUACAAUUAAUUUUGUUAAUUACUAUAAAAGUAUUCAUUGCAACCCUUUUGUGGAGUGUGAUUGUAAGUUGUUGAUUUGCUUUAUUGAUAGCUUAUUGGUGUUUUAUUGAGAAAGCAAAUUCGUGAGUACUAAAUUUCUUCACAGAAGAAACAGAAUUUCAAUUAGUAGCCUUAUAAAUUUUUUUACAAAAAAUUAAAAUGUUGACAAUCAAUGCUGUGAAUCUGGAUUGAUCCAAAGAAACUAUAGCACAGCAUUAAAUAUUUUAUUCCCUUGUCCUGGAUAAGGCACCGUUUUAUUAAACUUCGAGAUUCCUCUCCUAUUCUAAGAAAGAGACAUGACAAGUGUCCUACCACCUGUACACGAGAGAACACAUGCAGUCCCUCCUUGAUUGACACGUGUCUUCAUGAAACCUUUGAAGCCUCUAUAUAUUUCUUCCCUAAGCUACUCUCUGAAGCUCAUCAAACAAAGAUCGAGACUAAUCUGAAGUGAAGAAAAUCGGUUCAAGCAUUAUUUCUCUGUUUUAUCACAAAAAGUACUAGCUGUGUGUGCUGAAAUAUGGCAGUGGGAAGAAACGUUGCAGCUCCUUUGCUGUUUCUGAACUUGAUCAUGUACUUUAUUGUCCUUGGUUUUGCUAGUUGGUGCCUCAACAGGUUCAUCAAUGGCCAAACUUACCACCCCAGUUUUGGUGGAAAUGGAGCAACCAUGUUCUUCUUGAUCUUCUCCAUACUAGCAGCCGUUCUUGGCAUAGUGUCCAAAUUCAUUGGUGGCAAUCACAUCAGGGCAUGGAGGAGUGACAGUUUAGCUGCUGCUGGAGCCACAUCUAGUGUUGCUUGGGCUGUCACAGCUCUAGCCAUGGGCUUGGCUUGCAAGCAGAUACACAUUGGAGGGCACAGAGGGUGGAGACUGAGGAUAGUGGAGGCAUUCAUUAUCAUCCUGACCUUCACACAAUUGCUGUACCUUAUGCUGAUCCAUGCAGGCAUUUACAGCAGCAGAUAUGGUCCUGGUUACCGUGACACAGACUAUGGAACUGGAGAUCCAUUGCACAAGGGUGGUGCUGGUCAUGUUCCUGUUGCCGGGACUCGUGUCUAAUCAAUCAUCAUAUCCAAUUAACAAACAACAGCUCCACCACUUGUAUCUUGUCUUCAAUGAUGUUUAAGUUUUUAAGUUGGGACAAUGUCUUCUUUUUUCCAUUUUCCUUUGGUUUGUUUGGAUGAUGUAGUAAUGCCUUUGGGGUUGUUUUGUUGCAUGUCAAGCACUGUCACUUUGUAGUGUGGCAAUGUAUGUAUUAUGAAUGACUGCAAUUGAAUUUGUAUUUGCUACCUUUGUUCUGUCCCUCCAGACUUUUCUGUCUAUGAUGGCAUAUCUACUUUGAAUAAAAGCUAAAUGCACAAUUUGUGCACAUAAUGCUAAGUAUAAUAAAUUCAAGUGUUGUUCACAUUUAA